UUUUCUUGCUCCUCGCUUACAUUGCAAGCAAUGGCUUGCUCGCAUCAGAUGCAAAUUUGAAUUGGAGAGAUGCGAAUUACAGCAAGUGUGUUAAAUGCAACGAAUGACCGGAGCCACGUAGCCGUAAAAUACAAUGCGGAUGGGUUGCUUCGAGUGAGACUCGAUCUAAAACGAAAAUGCGGAGGGGACGGUUGCCCGAAGUGCGCGAGCAAUCGCGAGUGACUCGUUCUUCCUCUUGUGUAACCGACCGAUUUAAUCCGGAAAGUGCUUCGCGAUGCGCAAUAAUUAGAGAGACAUUCCCAUCGAGUUAAAGGAGUAGACGUGCGCCGAGGAGGACGCGAUGGCAUCGCGGACGAGAAAGCAGUGGUGCGCGAGUGGUGUUUUAAUGAGACUCACGCUAACUCUGUCGAGUUUGUGCGCGAGUCAUUGUGCGGACACCGGCCUGAUGACGAUAAUGAUGAAAACGUCAACGACAACGGGGGGGAUGAUGACAACGACGAUGAUGCCGACCAGUGGCCCCACUAAGGAAUGCAUCGGGAAUACACGGGUACAGUCCAAGGGCGAAGUGAAGCUGGCGGUGAUCGCGCCAGGCGAUCCUCACCACGAGCAGAGUCUACCCAGGGUAUUGCCGGCGGUGUUGCUGGCUGUGAAAUACGUCAGCUCGCCCAGGGGACCACUACAUGGAUGGAAUAUCAAGGUGGACCAUCGUGAUUCGUACUGCUCCAGCACUUACGGACCCUUGGCCGCGUUCGAGUUCUACAUCAACCAGACAGCAGAUGCCUUCCUGGGUCCCGUGUGCGAUUACGUGAUCGCGCCCGUGGCCAGAUACGCGGGUGUAUGGGGAAUACCCGUGUUGACGGCGGGUGCGCAGGCGGAGGCGUUUCGUCACAAGGGCGAACAUUAUCCGACGUUAACCAGGAUGAUGGGAUCUCAUCGUUUGGUGGGCGAGGCGCUCAGACAUAUCCUGCAGCGUUUCGGAUGGAAAGUCGCUGGUCUACUGUUCCAUAAUCACGAGAUGGCCAGCAGCAGGGGUAAUUCCGAGUGCCACUUUACGUUGAGCGCUGUAUACACGGCGCUCAAUCAAACUCCGGUGCACAAGAGCUUCAACCAGGAGGCAACCACCGCCGAGGAUUACAGGAACUUGCUCACCUUCGUCACGAAAUCCGCACGGAUCGUGGUGAUGUGCGCUAAUUCAACGACUAUUCGGGAAAUAUUGCUGGCUGCCGAAGAACUGGGGAUGGUGGACUCAGGGGAGUACGUGUUCUUCUCCAUAGAGCUCUCUUCCAGCGACAAUGAUUCCAAAGAGCCAUGGAAAGUCGAGGGCGAUACCGACGAGAGAAACGAGAAGGCUCGAAAGGCUUAUCAGGCCCUAUUAACGGUGACAGCUCGCACUCCGGACAAUCUAGAGUACCUGAAUUUUUCGCGCGAAGUUAAAACCUUGGCUCAAAGCAAAUACAACUUCAUCUUCGGUAACAGCUCUGUUUCCACCUUCGUGACAGCGUUUUACGACGCUGUUCUGCUUUACGCCCUCGCCCUUAAAGAGAGUUUGCCGGAGAAACCGGGUUUGCCGGGUGAGGUCAACCUAGACGGCGGUAAUCUGACCCGGAGAAUGUGGGGAAAGAGUUUCAAGGGAAUAACCGGUGACGUAAACAUUGAUGAAAAUGGCGAUAGAAUCGCAGAUUAUUCUCUGCUGGACAUGGACCCGGAAACGUCCAGAUUUGAAAUCGUGGCUAAUUAUUAUGGCGCAAAUAAAACAUUGGAAUAUAUUCCUGGAAAGCAAAUUCACUGGGCUGGCGGUCGUUUAGAACCACCCCCGGAUACGCCUACUUGUGGAUUCGACGGGUCAUUAUGCCCCGAUAAUUCGCGCGAUUUAUCACGCGGCCGUAAAAUAUUGCGUAAACUCUUUUUUAACGCACCUCGGUUAUCGGACUCUCCUCCGCGAGAGUUGCCCGCGAUAAUGUUGUAUCGUUUGUUUUGCAGGCGCUUCAAACUGGAAGCGGAAAUUGCCUCCAUGACGUGGAAAGUGCAUUGGGAAGACAUAAUCGUGAUGCCUAACGCAAAAACAAGGGGCUCCAUGUAUUCCCUGAUUGCGAAUAAGUUUCGCGGUAGUCAACUGACAGUGUAUUCUGAGGAGAACGUAAGUCUUCCGGACGAUGUUGAUAAAAAUGUGUAUUUCCCGACAGGAUUUUAUAAGAACUCGAAAGUCGCUAUAAAACUGAUACCGAGAAAUAAAGUGGAGAUCUCAAGACCUUUGUUGCUGGAGCUAAAGCGGAUGAAGGAUCUCCAGCACGAUCAUCUUGUACGAUUUUAUGGUGCCUGUCUCGAGCCGCCGCAUUGUUGCCUCCUAACCGAAUACUGCCCCAAAGGAUCUCUCCAGGAUAUACUAGAGAACGAGCAGAUAAAGCUCGAUCGCGUGUUCAAAGGAUCCCUGAUACACGAUAUCGUGCGUGGGAUGGUAUAUCUCCACGCGUCGGAAUUAAAGAGUCACGGUAAUCUCAAGUCCUCGAACUGCGUCGUUGACUCGCGAUUCGUCUUGAAAAUCGCCGAUUUCGGCUUGCACGAGCUGAGACGAACGAGCACGGAUGAAGAUGACGACAAGGACAGCUACGCCUAUUGGAGGAAACGGCUGUGGACAGCUCCAGAGCUGCUGAGGAUGGAGAGACGACCGCCCGAGGGCACUCAGAAAGGCGACGUGUACAGCUUCGCUAUAAUCGUUCACGAGAUCGUGAUGCGCCAAGGGCCAUUCUACUUGGGAGACAAUAACGAACUCUCUCCAAAGGAAAUAGUAGAAGGUGUCAGAAGAGGUGGCGGUUCACCCUUAAGACCUGUAAUCGAUGACGCUUCCGUCGAAGAAGAGGUAGCCAUUCUAAUGAGACGAUGCUGGGCGCAAGAUUCUGCGGACCGACCGGAUUUCCCUGCGUUGAAGCAAACAAUUCGCAAAAUUAAUAAGGACUACGAGAGCAGCAAUAUCCUGGAUAAUUUACUAUCUCGCAUGGAACAGUACGCCACGAAUUUAGAAACAUUGGUGGAGGAACGCACAGCUGACUACCUCGAGGAGAAACGUAAAUGCGAAGAACUUCUUUAUCAGUUACUACCAAAAUCGGUGGCGUCGCAACUGAUCCUCGGGCAAAGUGUAAUCGCCGAGACAUACGAUCAAGUGACAAUUUACUUCAGUGACAUCGUGGGUUUCACAAGUCUGUCGGCCGAGAGCACGCCUCUGCAGGUGGUCGAUUUGCUGAACGACCUCUACACGUGUUUCGACUCCAUUAUCGAGAACUUUGACGUUUAUAAGGUGGAAACGAUAGGGGAUGCUUACAUGGUCGUAUCGGGAUUACCAGUGAGAAAUGGUAUGAAUCACGCCAGAGAGAUUGCAAGGAUGAGUUUAGCCCUCAGGGACACGGUAAUGACAUUCAGUAUUCGCCAUAGACCAAACGAACAAUUAAAACUUCGUAUCGGCAUGCAUUCCGGACCAUGCGUGGCCGGCGUGGUAGGUCUUAAGAUGCCUAGAUACUGCCUGUUCGGCGAUACCGUCAACACAGCAUCCAGAAUGGAGAGUAACGGAGAAGCUUUGAAGAUCCACGUCAGCCCGAAAACGAAGGAAAUCCUGGACAGCUUUGGCACAUUUGAACUGGUCUGCAGGGGAGAAGUCGUAUUAAAGGGUAAAGGUCCCAUGACUACUUACUGGCUGAUGGGCGAAAAACCGACGAACAACAAUAUACAACAGACGAAUCCCGCAACGACAAUCGGUCAAAUAUCGAUGCUUCAGGAUCAACCCCCUAUCACGACCCAAAUUCAGACGGCGCAAUCGAAACAACAGGAGCAACGGGGUCUUCCAUCUGCCAAUCAGCAGCACAAAUUUCAGGGUCAGUCGGACCAGUCGUACCCGGCCCAGCAAUCGAUUCAGACGAGGAGUCAGGAGCCGCGACAGCAGCGACUGCAGGAAUCGCAACAUCAGGGUUUAAUGACCGCUCAACCGCGAUGCCAAGCGGUCCCGGCCAACCCGUCGGCCACGAACCAAAUUCAGGGUCAGAGAUCCACGAUAGUUAAUCCCGUCUGCGGUCUCGCCAGCAUGACGGGAAACGGUGCGCCAAAAUCAGUGGUCGCGUCGCGCACCGUCGUCGCGACGCAGGUCGGCAACUCCUCGCCGUCCCGCAACCGCGCGAGCGGACCGCCGAGCGCAAACAAUUCCGUUCACCAGGUGUACCCGACGACCGAGAGCAUGCCUAAUCACACCGAGAGCGGUCCCAAUGCGCCACUUCUGCUACCCGCGGGCGCGGUUCCCAGAGUCUAGCUCUCCUAAGAUAUCCGCUCCCGGCGAUGUCCGCCUUGCCAGCUAUCGAGCCUCCGAGGAACAUUGCGAAAGGAAAACCGGGCUGCCGUUCGGAUCGAUCGAUGGCGAAGCGAAAAUUUAAUCGAAAUUUAAUCGUGAUCAAAAUUGACCGCGAGAAGAAAUUGGGACGGCAACAAAACUUUGAGCGGGAGCGAAGGAUUUGUUUGUCAUCCUGACUCUACAUCGGGAUUUUUUUCAAUCAAAUUUAGAUUCUUCGUUUCGGGAGUAACCAAAGUGAUUUGUGAACACACAUCGUGGCAACAAUCGUCCCUUAUCAGAUUACGACGAAAGUGUUUCUCUUGCUAAACUAACGUUAAUUAACGUUAGUUUCGCCAAUUGUUUUUUUUUUUGUUUAUUUUUUUAAGAAGUGUCCGUUAAAUUAAGAUAUUCUAGGCAAUUAAUUAGUGAGAAAUUUGCUUUUGGUGCCAUAAAAUCUUGACUAUGUUAUUCGCGUUGCGAUAUAUAUAGCUGACAAGGCGAGACUCUAUGGAAUUGGGGACCGAUUCUCCAAGUUCGCUGAUCUCUUCCUACAAGGUAUUAUGGAACCAAUGUUUACCGAUAACGAUUAACGCAAUUUAGGAUAAAUACAAGUAUCACGUGCGCAUGAUCAGAUGCACAAGGAUGGACAACGGGGAUCGGAUCUGAACUGAAAGGAAGGAGCUAUUAAUUAUAGAGAGGUAUACCACCGGCGACGUACUUUUGCCGAGGAUACUUAUAGUACUCUUAUAUAUGGACACAGUAUUAUUCCGAUCGCGCGGAUGUGCAUUUUAUUUAUUCGUACCAAAGCGAACAUUCGCGUUUUCACGCGUGUGUCCCUGUGAUUUAUUUGCGACGGCACGUAAAAUGUAACGGGCUUACAAUUAGCUUAGCUGAUUGUCCAACAGAUUGUCUGGAUUAUUCAGCCUGACCGAUCCUGUCGAACCUUAAAUUAAUUAAGAUCCGAUCCUGAACGUAGACGAAUUUAUUCUCUCUCUUCCCCAACUUUUAAAAUAUUUGAUUUUAACCGAAAAAUUUUAAUUACC